AUGAAUGUAACAUCAUCAUCUAUAUGUCUUAUAGAGUUUUGCGACAAUGCUCCACCAGUCUUCAACUAUGUAUCUGUAGGAGGUCCUCACGCUAGCGUCUCCGCAAUCCCUGAUUGGUGUACUUCUCUAUUUUGCUUGAUCCUCAAGGCAGUGUUUUCACAGGUCUACACCGACCUCGCUCAAGAUCAUAUUGCUCCAAGUGGUUACGUCAAGAUCCCUACAGAUAUAAAGAAUUAUUUGGAAAACUCCAAGUAUCUGCCGAAGCUAAACAACGAGAGACCUCUCGAGAAGAACUCUACUUACAAAGACCGUUUCACCAGCUUGCACCACUUAGUUCUCAUCAUGUUCGAGAAAGAGAAUGUAAUGAUUCCUAAAGAAACUUCUUGGUUCGGAUAUUACCCGGAUGGAGCUUCCACACCUGUUUUGCCUCCUCAAAAGACGAAGCUCUACACUGAGGACUGGAUUGGUCUGAAAACCUUGGAUGCUGCCGGGAAAGUGAAGUUUCUCAGUGUCCCUGGAGCACACAUCGAAAUAACGGAUGAUGAAGUUGUAGAAUACGUUGUGCCUUACCUCCAGAACGAGUAUACGUUUUCUUCUCAACACGAGGCAAUGUAG